AAGCGGUGAAUAGGUUUGCAUCCCUGAGUGGAUUCCCGCAGAAUUUUUCAGCAAAAACCUGAAUAAUCCGUGAAAAUUCUGGUUAAUUACAGUGCCUAGGAGUAACUUUCGGACACUAAGCUUGUGGGAGCUGAUCUCCAAGAUUCCCACGUAGAGAUAACCACCUGGUGGUUAGAUCUUCACCAUGAUGAUGGACAAUGAGACGGGAAUCCGCUGGGACCAGAGCCAGGAGGCGGAUUUUGAUGAAGGAGGAGCAAAGCUUUUUGAACGUUCAAGAAUUAAAGCUUUAGCAGAUGAGCGUGAAACUGUACAAAAGAAGACAUUUUGCAAAUGGGUGAAUUCUCAUUUGCAACGAGUAUCAUGUCGCAUAGCAGACCUAUACACCGAUUUGAGGGAUGGCAAAAUGUUAAUCAAGCUGCUUGAAGUGCUUUCUGGAGAGAGACUGCCAAGGCCUACCAAGGGUAAGAUGCGUAUUCACUGCCUAGAAAACGUUGAUAAAGCGCUGACAUUCCUCAAAGAGAAAAGAGUGCAUAUGGAAAACAUGGGUUCCCAUGAUAUCGUGGACGGCAACAACAGAUUGACACUUGGUCUCAUCUGGACGAUCAUUUUGCGUUUCCAGAUUCAAGACAUUAGUUUUGAGAUGGAAGAUAACCAGGAGACCAAAUCUGCUAAAGAUGCCCUGUUACUGUGGUGCCAGAUGAAAACUGCCGGGUAUGCCAACGUCAAUAUCCGUAACUUCACCACAAGCUGGAAAGAUGGUUUGGGAUUCAAUGCACUCAUCCACAAGCACCGACCUGAUCUCAUUGAAUACAACAAAUUGCAGAAAUCCAACCCUGUGUAUAAUCUCAACAAUGCUUUCAAUGUUGCCGAGCAUAGACUGGGCCUUACGAAACUGCUUGACCCUGAAGAUGUCAAUGUUGACCAUCCCGAUGAGAAGUCCAUCAUAACCUAUGUGGUCACUUACUACCACUUCUUCUCCAAGAUGAAGGCUGAGACUGUAUCUGGUCGUCGUAUUGGUAAAGUUGUCAUUGGUGCACAAGAGAAUGAAAAACUGACUGACGAAUAUGAUAAGAUUGCCUCCAACUUGCUACAAUGGAUUGAGCAGACUGUGACAAUCCUGAAUGACAGGACCUUUGCAAACGCACUCACUGGAGUUCAGCAACAACUAUAUGCAUUCAACACAUAUAGAACUGUAGAGAAACCACCAAAGUUUACAGAGAAAGGUAAUCUGGAGGUGCUGCUGUUCACAGUGCAAAGCAAGAUGAGAGCAAAUAAUCAGAAACCAUACUUACCAAAAGAAGGAAGACUAAUCUCUGAUAUCAACAAGGCCUGGGAAAGACUGGAAAAGGCAGAACAUGAACGAGAGUUAGCCCUCCGUGAAGAGCUUAUCCGCCAAGAAAAACUAGAACAGUUAGCUGCUCGAUUUGACCGUAAAGCUGCCAUGCGUGAAACCUGGUUGAGUGAAAACCAAAGGCUGGUCUCACAGGAUAACUUUGGUUAUGAUCUUGCUGCUGUGGAAGCCGCUGCUAAGAAACAUGAAGCUAUAGAAACUGAUAUUAAUGCUUAUGAAGAAAGAGUUAUGGCUGUAGUUGCUGUGGCCCAAGAACUGGAAGCUGAGAAAUACCACGAUACUGAUAGAAUUAAUGCCAGAAAGGACAAUGUUCUUCGCUUGUGGGAGUACUUGCUUGAAUUGUUGCAUUCCCGUCGUAUACGUCUAGACUUGUCAGUUGAGUUACAGAGAGUCUUCCAAGAAAUGUUGCUUAUAUUAGACUGGAUGGAUGAAACUAAGAUGCGCCUCCUCUCUGAAGACUAUGGCAAGCAUUUGAUGGGAGUGGAAGAUUUAUUACAGAAACACGCUUUAUUGGAAGCAGAUAUUGCUGUACAAGGAGAACGUGUAAAAUCAACAAAUAAACAAGCUAGUAAAUUCCUUGGACCACCAUCCGAUGAAGCUGCAGGCUAUAGACCAGUUGACCCUCAAAUCGUCAAAGAUCGCAUGGAACAUCUUGAAGCCAGCUAUGCAGAAUUAUUACAACAAGGAUCUGAUCGACGCAACCGUCUUGAAGAGUCGCGUAAACUGUGGCAGUUCUUCUGGGAUCUGGCCGACGAAGAGGGCUGGAUCAAAGAGAAGGCUACCCUCAUGACAACUUCAGAUAUUGGGCGUGAUCUUACCAGUGUUAAUAUUCUACUCAAUAAGCACAAGGCUAUGGAGGAGGAUAUAGCAGGUCAUCAUGCACAACUUUUGUCUGUGAAUCAAGUUGGCGAAGACCUGAUAGAACAGCAACACUUUGGUUCUGGUAAGAUUCGUGUCCGCAUCCAAGAGAUCAUAUCUAUGUGGGAGAAUUUAGACCACCUGACACGUGCUAGAAGGAGGAGACUGCAAGAAGCACUCAAUAUGUACCAGUUCUUUGCUGAUGCGGAUGAUGUUGAUACAUGGAUGUUGGACACAUUGCGUCUUGUUUCCAGUGAAGACUGCGGAAGAGAUGAAGCUAGUGUGCAAUCACUUCUCAAAAAACACAAGGAUGUUGCAGAUGAGCUUGGAAAUUAUUCUGCAGUUAUUGAUACUCUGCAUGAACAAGCUAGCCAUCUUGGAGAUCAAGAUAGACAGUCGGCAGAAGUACAAUCUCGUCUGGGAUCUAUUGACCGUCGCUACAAAGAACUUGUUGAACUGGCUCGUCUACGUAAACAAAGGUUAUUGGAUGCCCUGGCAUUAUAUAAACUAUACAAUGAAGCCGAUAGUGUGGAAUCCUGGAUUGAUGAAAGAGAACAAACUCUGUACACUAUGGUGCCCGGUGAAGACCUGGAAUCUACUGAGGUGGUGCAACACAGAUUUGAACGAUUCGAAAAAGAAAUGGAAAGUAAUGCUUCAAGAGUGGCGGUUGUCAAUCAACUGGCCGGACAACUGUUGCAUAUUGAACAUCCUAACUCUGCUGAAAUUAUGGCAAAACAGAACCAUCUCAACCAACGAUGGAAUGCUCUUCAAAUGCACGUGAAUGAAAAGAGAGAAGCCCUCAAUGGUGCACUGGGUAUCCAGACGUACCAUAUUGAGUGCAGUGAGACAGUCACAUGGAUCAGAGAUAAGACAAGACUCCUACAGUCAACUGAAGAGUUGGGAAGUGAUCUUGCUGGUGUGAUGGCUCUACAGAGAAAACUACGUGGUAUGGAGACUGACUUGGCCGCCAUUCAAGCUAAACUGGACUCUCUGCAGAAAGAAGCAGAUACUCUUGCUGAAGAGCAUCCAGAGGAAGCUGAUGCCAUCCGCCAACGAUUUGCUCAGAUCACUGAGUGUUGGCAAGAACUUAGAAUUAUUUUGCAAGAACGUGAUGCAGCUAUGGCUGAAGCCAAGGAGUUGCAGCAGUUCUUGCGCGAUUUGGACGACUUCCAAUCUUGGUUGUCAAGGACGCAAACAGCUAUUGCAUCCGAAGAUAUUCCUGAGAGUCUUGCUGAAGCAGAAAAAUUACUGAACCAACAUGCCGCUAUCAAGGAAGAGAUUGAUGGCUAUGAUGCAGACUAUGCUAGAAUGAGAGACAUGGGACAGAAGGUGACAGAAGGACAAACUGAUUCACAGUACAUGUUCUUGAGACAGCGUUUACAAGCAUUGGACGAUGGAUGGGAAGAAUUACAUAAGAUGUGGGAGAAUCGUCAACACUUAUUGUCACAGUCUCUUAACUACCAGAUGUUUAACCGUGAUGCUAGACAAGCUGAUAUGCUGCUCAAUAAACAAGAUAACUUCUUGACCAAAUAUGAGGCACCGACCAAUCUUGAAGCAGCAGAAGAAGCCAUCAAGAAACAAGAAAACUUCCUACAAACUAUGGAUGCCAAUGAUGACAAGAUUAACAGUGUUAUUGCCUUUGGUAACCGUCUUUGUGAUGAUAGUCAUUAUGCAUCUGACAAAAUAUACAAAAAAUGCGAGAACCUCGAUGAAAGGAGAAAGAACAACCGUGUAGUUGCUGACAAUCAACUCAGCCAACUGCGAGAUAAUCUGCUACUGCAGAGCUUUGUACAGGAAUCUGACGAGAUUGGUCUCUGGAUAAACGAAAAGAUGCUGAUAGCUCAGGAUGAAACAUAUGACGAAGCUAGAAGUAUACACAGUAAAUGGCAGAAACAUCAAGCAUUUGAAGCAGAAUUAGGUGCCAAUAAAGAAAGACUAGAUAAACUUAAUGAGCAUGGUCACGAGUUGAUUCUUGAGAAACCAGAGUACGCUGAACAAGUGGAGGGACGUUUAAGUGAUUUAACCGCCCAGUGGGAUGAACUAGACAAUACUACUCAAUCUAAGGCUAAGAAAUUAUUCGAAGCCAAUAGAGCAGCCCUGUUCAGUGCUGGUUGUGAUGAUCUAGAUACUUGGAUCAGUGAUUUGGAGACGUCUCUACAACAUGAGGCUACCGGCAAAGAUCUGACCAGUGUCAAUUUACUGCUGAAAAAACAACAGAUGUUAGAAAGCCAAGUUUUGGUGAAGAAAGAACAAGUCAAUGAAUUAGAAAGUCAAGUAUGUACUUUACAAGAUGAGGGUGAUCUGGAUAAAGUCCGGACUAAAAAAUACACCAUUGAAGAGAGAUUCACAAAGAUGUCAGAGCCAUUGGCACAGAGGAGAGCUCUCUUGGAAGCUAACAAGAAAACUCAUCAAUUCAAUAGAGAUAUUGAAGAUGAGAAGAUGUGGAUUCUAGAAAAAAUGCCACUGGCAACUUCACUGGACCACGGCAAUAGCCUGCUAGCUGUACAGAUGCUUAUAAAGAAAUGCAACUCCCUUAAAGCCGAAACUGAUGGACAUGAACCUCGCAUUGAUGAAGUCUGUUCUCGAGGAAAGAGUAUGAUUGAUGAGGGACAUCCUAAUUCAGAAGAUAUUGAACGACAAAUUGAUGAAUUACAAGAUCUAUGGCAAAAGUUACUUCAAGCCAUUGAUGCCAGAAAGAUCAGACUAGAAGACUCAAUUAAGGCACAGAAGUACUACUUUGAUGCUAAUGAAGCAGAGGCUUGGAUGAGUGAACAAGAGCUGUACAUGAUGGGUGAUGACAGGGGACGUGAUGAACCAAGUGCACAGACGAUGCUGAAAAAACAUGAAAUUUUGGAAAAUGCUGUAGAAGAUUAUGCAGAUACUAUCAAUGAACUCUCACAAGAAGCAAAGAAACUAAUGGAUGAAGACCAUCCACAAAGUGAACAAAUUGCUGUACGCCAGUCUCAGAUUGAUAAGUUAUAUGCUGGUCUCAAGGAUUUGUCAGAAGAACGAAGAUCUCGUCUGGAUGAAACAUUGAAAUUGUACCAAUUGAAUCGCGAAGUGGAUGAUCUAGAACAGUGGAUUGCAGAGCGUGAGGUGGUGGCUGGCUCUCAUGAACUUGGGCAAGAUUAUGAGCAUGUGACAAUGUUACAAGACCGUUUCCGUGAAUUUGCCCGUGACACUCAUCAUAUUGGCCAAGAGCGUGUUGCCAACGUAAAUGACAUUGCCGAUGCAUUGAUUGAAGCUGGACACACCGAUGCGGCUAUCAUUGCUGAAUGGAAAGAUGGUCUCAAUGAGGCCUGGGCCGAUCUGCUUGAAUUAAUUGAUACCAGGACGCAGAUGUUGGCAGCCUCGUACGAACUACAUAAGUUCUAUUAUGAUGCAAGAGAAAUCCUUAGUAGGAUAGUGGAAAAACAACAAUCCAUGUCCGAAGAACUCGGCAAAGACGGCAACACUGUAUUGAACUUACAGCGAAAGCAUUCUGGAUUUGAACACGAUAUCGUUGCCCUCGGCAGUCAGGUACAACAACUACAAGAAGAUGCUUUGAGGUUGAGAGAAGCGUAUGCUGGUGAGAAAGCAAGAGACAUACACGCUAAAGAGGCAGAAGUUGUCAACGCUUGGAGGAGCCUGCAAGCCACUGUUGAGGGACGUAAAAUCAAACUGGCUGAUACCUCGGAUUAUUUCCGCUUCUUGAACAUGGUGCGAGAUCUAAUGCUUUGGAUGGACGAUGUGACAAUUCAGAUUAAUACACAAGAGCAGGCCAGGGAUGUAUCUGGUGUAGAGUUACUAAUGAACCAGCAUCAGAACAUCAAAGCCGAAGUUGAUGCCCGUGAUAAUAGUUUUACUGAAUGCUUUACGCUGGGUAAAGAAAUGUUGGGUAGAAGCCAUUACGCCUCCAAAGAGAUUCGUGAGAAGUUGGUAAGUCUUGGCAAUCGUCGUGGUUCUAUGAUCGGCGACUGGGAACAUAGAUGGGAAUUCCUGCAGCUCAUCUUGGAAGUAUACCAAUUUGCUCGAGAUGCUCAUGUAGCCGAGGCAUGGCUUAUCAGUCAAGAACCACACUUGAGGAGUGAAGAGUAUGGAAUGACCUUGGAUGAAGUGGAGCUUUUGAUCAAGAAACAUGAAGCCUUUGAAAAAUCUUUCCACGCUCAAGAAGAAAGGUUUUCGGCAUUGGAACGACUUACAACAUUUGAAUUGAAAGAACUACGCAAGAGACAAGAAGAAGAAUAUCGUAUGAUGCAUCCAGAUGCUGAUAUCCCACCUCGUAAAGAAUCGCCAUCAAUGAAACAUAAAGUUAUAGAAGACUUCUUAAGAGAAGAUAAAGAAAUGGAAGAAAUGGAUAAAUUGAGGAGACGACAAAUUGAAAUUGAUGAAGCACGUCGUCAUGAGAUGCAAGUAGAAAAACUUCAAUAUGAAAAAACACCUGAACAUGUUGUUGAAGAGCAUAAAGAAAGUGCUGGGGAGCCGCACGUCAAUGGUGAAGAAGAGAAACCAGAAACGGCCCCAGCUGUAAGUAGGCGUGGUGUUGGUGAGGGCGAAGCUGGAAUGGGUGAAGAUGUGGAAGCAGAAGGCCAGUUGGCUAGAAAACAUGAAUGGGAAGCACAUGCCAAGAAAGCGUCCAACAGAUCUUGGCAUCAUGUAUAUGUGGUACAACAAGGCCCUAUGCUAUCGUUUUACAAAGACAAGAAGCACAAGUUACAAGAAAUUACUUUCCACGGUGAAGAACCAGUGAGUGUCCUCAAUGCAAAGGUGAACAUUGCUGGUGAUUACACAAAGAAGAAGCAUGUUUUCCGACUCAAACUUGAAAAUGGUGCAGAGUUUCUAUUCCAAGCCAAAGAUGAUGAGGAAAUGAACCACUGGGUAGAUAGUUUAAAGAAUGUGGCUGAAGGAGCUCCUGAAGGUGCGUCUGCUGCAGCAAGGGCUGCUACCUUCCCAACAGAGAGUGUCACAUCACCGGGAAAGAAAGAUAAAAAGAAGGGUGGAUUUUUCACUCUGAAAAAGAAGUAGACAAACACCUGCAUUUCAUAAAUAAAUAAUGUAUGAAUAAAUUUUGACAGUAGUUUUUUGGUAGUCAUCCAUAUACAUCCAUGUUGUCAGUAUAGUGUAAACUACCAGUAAUUUUCUGCAUUGCCAUUUUAACACAAUUCUUAGCCUGUUUUUAAAGAUUUUUUCGAGUACAAAGUGUUAGUACUCUUUAUGUAAACAUUUCUCUGUCUUGUUGUUUGUAGCCUGUAAUUGGACUGUGUGUUAUAAAAAUUUAAAAAAAACUGAAAAUGGCAAGAUUUUUUCAUGUGAUAAAGCUGUGCGUGUCUUGCUGAUAGCACAAUACAAGGAUGUUUUCAAUGUUCUAUGUGGACUUCAAAGUUGUGUAUAGUAGCAUUAACAUUAUAUAUAUAUAGAAGUAUUUGUAGAAUUUCUCCCUGUCAUAUUCAUUUUCCUACAAUCAUUGUUUUUAAAUCUGCAAGGAAUCAAGAUUUAGCAUGUUAGGCUUUUAAGCAUUAUUAUGUGGGCACGUGGGAGUUUUAAAAAUUCAUCAAGCUCUUAGUUGAUGCAUUUUUUUUUCACCAAACCCUAGUUCAUAGUUAAAUUGAUUUAGGUUAACAGACGGGGUUUUAUUAAUUAAAUCUAUAGAACAAAAAAAAAGAAAAACGCAUGUGACUGAAGUUACGAAACUUGUUUUUGUACUUCUGAAGAUGUAACUGGUUGAAACUGCUUGCAAAGUUUUUUUUAGUAUAAAGAGUUGAAUGAAAUUGAUAGACAAAUUAUGGGUUGUGCACCAUUUUGUUGCCAGAUGUAACUACUAGUAUACAAUUGCCCGUAAGCACCCUGUAGAUAUUUCCGUUUAGAGUCCACAUACCCAAUGCUUUCAUUUUUGACAAAUUUGUUAUUCAGAUCUGUGUAUGCCUUGCCAAAUAUUAAAUGUUAAACUGUGGCACCCCCACCCAUAGACAUGUAUAUGGUCAACCCUUAAAGCUAGAUGUCCAUUUGUUUUUGCAGUUUUUAUAUUUUUUUGAAAACUACCUUUACCCUGUAUUCCAUUUUCUUUUGAGAUUGUAAUAUUGCUGCCACACUUUUACACUGAUCAAAACUAGAAAGGUGCUUGCAAGAGACAUUGUGUGCCUGCAAAACCUGUUGUUUUUUAUUUGCUUGAAUUUCCUCAAAAGGUUACCACCAACCUUCCUUCUGAAAUAGCUGCACACAGUGUUUUAUGCUCGCCUGUUCUACUUGUACAUUUUGCAAUAACAUUUAAUACUAUGAAUGUUACCAACUAGCUUUGUGAAGACCAUUCUCAUCAAUAAAUUUUGGUCGUACACUGCGAGGGCUUGACCAAAUAUACUUGUUGAUUUUGUUCAAUAUUGUGAUGGAUGUUAACCAGUAAUAAAAAUAUUGGGUGAUAUAUACGUGAACUAAUAUUUAUUUCCUGGUUGAUAGAUGAUUGCUGGCAUAUUGUCAUGUGGCUGAUGGUCAAUAUAUUGUAUCCAUGUUUAAGUAUCUGUAAGGGCAUUUAUUGAAGUUGUGGUAUGACCGUAUAAUACUACUCAUUGUCAUGUAUUUUGAUAACUAUUUCAUUAGCAUUUGUCAAAGAUUUUUAGGCUUCGAUUAAUCUGAUAUUUGGUGGGUGAAAAAUUAAAAAUAAAUAAUGAUGCGAUUUUAGUCAUCUAUUGUUUUCUUCCUAAGUUUUAAUGAAGUUGCUAAUUAAAUUGGUCAUAUUCUCAAUGGAUAAAAUAUUUGGUGUUUUUAACUUGGUGUUCACACUCGCCUUUGUUGGGUAAAUUCAUACACGUCUGGAGUUGGAAAACCCCUUUUGAUUUUUUUUGUAAUGUGCUUUAUUGCAAACACAAGCUUCUAAGGGAUUAAUAAAUCUCGAGAAAAA